ACAGUUUUAUAUUUUACCGAUUAAAAUUUAAAAUUUAUUUAUUAUUUGUAUAGUACAAGUAUUAUCGUUUGAUGUUGUUUAUUAAUCUAGUCAUACACUCACUCGUAUUUGCAUACGACAACUGCACAAAUCUGUUUCGAUGACACCGAAAUGAGUAACGAUUAUAAUGUCUUAUGUAUUUGACACGUCCUACCACAUAACCUUUAAAUGUUAUAUUUUUAAAGCAAAAAAAUGAAGUUUUCGUUUCAUUUCUCAUUGGUGAUUUUACUGCUCAUUCGAUACGGCUCGUGUUCACGUCAUUAUGAUAGACACCGUCUCUUACAGUUGAGAUCGGAAGUGAAAGAAAUGUUUGAACAUGCAUAUUACGGCUAUAUGAAAUAUGCUUAUCCUUAUGAUGAGUUACGACCAUUGACAUGUGAUGGAGUGGACACUUGGGGCAGCUAUUCAUUAUCAUUGAUCGAUGCCCUAGAUACUCUUGUUGUAAUGGGACUACAUGAUGAAUUUAAUAAGGCGGUUGAUUACAUAAAAUACAAUGUUUCAUUUGAUGCUGAUAUAAAUGUAUCAGUUUUUGAGACAAACAUCAGAGUUGUUGGUGGACUGCUAAGUGCUCAUAUGUUAUCUCAUAGAGCCACAACUGAAUUAGAAAUUGGAUGGCCGUGUAAUGGACCACUGUUACGUAUGGCUGAAGAUGUAGCUAGAAGACUUUUACCAGCAUUUGAUACUCCAACUGGUAUGCCUUAUGGAACAGUUAAUCUUAGAUCUGGUGUACCCGAAGGUGAAACAACUGUAACUUGUACAGCAGGAGUUGGUACAUUCAUAUUAGAAUUUGGAACUUUGUCCCGACUAACUGGCGAUUUUAUUUWUGAACAGGUAGCUUUAAAAGCUCUUCAUUCGUUGUUCAACCAUAGAUCUAAAAUAGGAUUAAUGGGGAAUCAUUUGGACGUAGCCUCUGGAUUAUGGAUUGCACAUGAUUCAGGCAUUGGUGGUGGGAUUGAUUCAUAUUUUGAGUACUUAGUUAAAGGCUCUUUGCUAUUAAACCUACCUCAUCUAAGAAGCAUGUUUGAUGAGUUAAGAAAGCCUAUUGAUAAAUACUCAGCAACUUCUACAGGGUGGUAUUUUUGGGUGAACAUGCAAAAGGGCCAAGUAACAAUGCCCAUAUUUCAAUCAUUAGAAUCAUAUUGGCCAGGGCUUUUAAGUUUAAUAGGUGAUAUAGAUAUUGCCAUGAAAUCGAUGUCAAAUUAUCAUGAUGUACUCAAACUAUACGGUUUUACUCCUGAAGUUUACAAUGUUGUCAAUCAAGAGGCUUCUAGAGAUUCAUUCCCACUGCGACCUGAACUAGUGGAGUCUGCCAUGUAUUUAUACAAGGCAACUAAUGGAGAUCCUUAUUUACUAGAUAUAGGCAGUGACAUUCUACGUUCCAUUCAACACAGUAGCCGCACAAGAUGUGGAUAUGCUACGAUUAAAAGUUGCAAAAAACAUUCUCUUCAAAAUAGAAUGGAGUCAUUUUUUCUUUCAGAAACAACCAAGUACCUAUAUUUACUUUUUGACCCCGAUAACUUCAUUCAUAAUGAUGGGAGUUAUGGUAAAGUUUGGAACACAGCUGGUGGUCGAGAAUGCAUAGUCGACGCAGGUGGAUACGUUUUUAACACAGAGGCUCAUCCUAUAGAUCCUGGAAUUUUGCACUGUUGUUACAUGGCUGACAAAAACCAUUGGUCGCAUCGUCAACAGCCUAAAUACCAACGCUUUAUGAAAUUGUCAAUGGAAGCUGGCAAAAAAAAAGAAUCAAUCAAUCAAGUAAAAGACUCCGUGACGGGAGAGAACGGCAGCUCGGCAAGUGGUCACAGUUUCACCGUGGAUGAGAGCAGCAUCUAUUGGACUCAACAAGCGCACGAAGAUCAAAGGCCGCAGUUCAAAAACGAUCAUCAUAAACCCACAGCGGCUGCAGACGUAAUCUCAGGUAGACCACCGACGAUGGAUUCGCUACAACCGCCGGCUCCUAUACCGUCACCGCCGUCGUCACGACCACUGGCGAUUUAUCAGACGGACGAUCAACUGCAGGACGAUGAAGACGCCAGUAUCGAUGACGACCAUAACGGAAACARGGAUGRCGAUGGUGACAGUGACAAACAGUUUGAGUCCAUGAACCGUAGAAGGUUUAAGGCCGAGGUCAUGAAGUCGAAAAACUUCCACGAUUAUGAUGACGGUUUUAAAGACCUGACGACCUCUGACCGUCGAUAUCGACAGCCGACGUCUGCCGAUUACGAUCAUCAUCACGGCGAUGACGAAAAUAAUUGGAAAGCCAAACAGCACCGUCGGAUGAGUGAAAUAUGGCAACAGGACGACCAGGACGACAAUGACACCUCGGCGGCUGGCCACGACGAUUGUGACAACGGUUACCAGGUGCUCACAUGCCCCGCGACGAAUAACUUUUAUACCCAUUUCCGGUGGUGACAACAAGGUGGUGACAACAAGAUGGCGAAAAGCACCUCGCCUAUCGUGGUUGAUUUAUUUUAUUUAUUAUGAUACUUUGUUCUGAUGAUUUUGUUGUUGGACCAAAAAAUAUAAUAUCGUUUAUAAUAUUGUUAUUAAUGCCGCUUUGUUCAAUAACAUUAUUUUAUUCGAUUAAUCGGGAAGUACGACCUAUCUACUUGCUUAUCUGUUUUAAAUACAUUGUAAUUGUUAUUUUUAUUGGUAUAUUCUUACUGUUUCUAAACAAUUUAAAAAAAAUUUAAUAUACCAAUUUAUAUAUUUUAAUGUUACUUAAUGUUCAUGUUGUAACUGGUCCGAGCGGACAACUGACCACAAAAUUGUAAAAGUGCUAGGUACCUACUUACGUAUACAGUGUGAUCACGGUAUUAGGUACMACUGAAUAUCUUAGCUGGGCAACCUUGUAUUGAAAUGGGGUUUUCGGGAGGUGAUACUUUAAUACAUAUUUUCAGAUUAAUUUCAAAUGUUGAGUUCUCUCGAUACUCGCAUGCGCAAUACAACUUACUUUUUUUAAAUGGGAACCCAAAUUUUUUUCCCCAGAUUCGGGUAGAGUAUUUUUUUAAACAUUUAUUGUAUGUAAAAAGUUUUYUUCUAUUUUCAAAACUGACCAAAUCGAGACAGACAAAAAUUGGAUUUAAGCAUAAUUCUUGUUUAGUGAUAUUUUAAUUUAUAACCACUGCAAAUAAUAAAAUAAGUGCGAAAUAUCAAACCUAUUCGUUUWAAAAUUCAGUSAAGGUUGUUAUUUUAUGGUGUGGUUAGAUUGGUAGAAAGCUAAUAGGACCGUUCUUUUAUGAUGUUACGCUUAAUGCAGACGAUAUCUUAAUUUUUUAACCAAAGAACUUCCAAGACGGUUGGAUGAUGUUUCAUUAGAAAYUCGAAAACGUAUGUUUUACCUAUAAAAUGGAACAAAAUACAGGUAGAUAUUUUAAUUGAGGAUCAAAUAAUGGUGUCAACAUCGAUUGAAUUUUUGAGACGACUGAAAUCAUGUUCAGAACAUGAUSGCAAAAACUUCAAACAAUUCAUACAAUAAAUUUAUUUGAUACAUAUUAUUCUUUAUUAUAAUAUUAAUACUACUAUAAUCGUUAUAACUAU